UGUGACUGUGAUCACGUGACUUGCCGCUUUAACAUUCGAACCGUGGUUUGAGCAGCAGAGCCCAGCAGCACCACCUCCAAGGUUCCAGGAUGUUGAGCAGGUUGGCGCUUCUCCUCCUCCUGUCUGUGUUUUUGGUGUCGGUGUGGUCCAGGGGCUGCUCCUCGUUCUUCUGUAGGAAAUCUCUACGUGUGAGUGAAUGGGACGGACCCGAGCCUGGUGCCCCUCUGUUCCUCAGCCCGUAUCUGGAACAGGGCAGGAUAGAAGAAGCUAGGAAGCUGAGCGUGGUGGAUCCGCUCCCCGGUGCCAACGUGAAGAGCUACUCCGGUUAUCUCACCGUCAACAAGAGCUACAACAGCAACCUCUUCUUCUGGUUCUUCCCAGCACAAGUGAAGCCAGAAUCCGCCCCGGUGCUCCUGUGGCUGCAGGGGGGCCCCGGAGGCACGUCCAUGUUCGGUCUCUUCGUGGAGCACGGGCCGUACUUCGUGCAUCGGAACCUCACACUGGGAUACAGAGAGUUUCCCUGGACGUCCAGAUACUCCGUCCUGUACGUGGAUAACCCGGUGGGUACGGGGUGGAGCUUCACCGAUGAUGACCGCGGCUACGCCAGAAACCAGGAUGAUGUGGGUCGGGACCUGUACAGCGCGUUGGUUCAGUUUUUCCAGAUAUUCAGCGAGUUUCAGUCCAACGAUUUCUACGCCACAGGAGAGUCCUACGCAGGGAAGUACGUUCCAGCCAUCGGUUACUACAUCCACAAAAAUAAUCCAUCGGCCCAGGUGAAGAUUAACUUUAAGGGCGUGGCUAUAGGAGACGGUCUGUGUGAUCCGGAGCUGAUGUUGGGAGGAUACUCGGGGUUCCUGUAUGAAACUGGGCUGGUUGAUGAGUUACAGCAGCAGUACGUGAAGCAGCAGACAGACGCUGCAGUCAAACUCAUCCAGCAGCAGAAAUUCAUCCAAGCAUUUAAGGUUUUCGACAGUUUGCUGAAUGGAGAUCUGGAUCCGUAUCCCUCGUUCUUCCAGAACGCUACCGGCUGCACCAACUACUUCAACUACAUGCAGUGUCAGGAGCCCGAGGAUCAGGAAUAUUUCGGCAGGUUCGUGACCCUGCCCGCGGUCAGGCGCGCCAUCCACGUAGGAAACCUGACCUUCCACGACGGCUCUGAGGUGGAGAAGCACUUACUGGAGGACGUCAUGAAGUCCAUCAAACCCUGGCUGGGUGUCCUGAUGGACAACUACAGGGUGCUGAUGUACAGCGGGCAGCUGGACGUGAUCGUCGCCGCCCCGCUGACUGAGCGUUUCCUGCUCACCGUUAACUGGACCGGGGCGGACCAGUAUAAACAAGCCGAACGUUUUCACUGGAAGGUGCAGCCCAGCGACACAGAGGUGGCGGGAUACAUCCGCCAAGUGGGAGAGUUCUACCAGGUGAUCGUGCGAGGCGGGGGACACAUCCUGCCCUACGACCAGCCGAGGAGGUCCUUCGACAUGAUCGACCGAUUUCUGUCCACCACGGGAUUCACGUCCGCCUGAUGUUUCGUUUCUGACAUGUGACCUGCACGGCCACCGCUGAUUGGUUCAGGAUGAUUUAUGUGUAUAUUUGAUUGUUAAAUGCAGGAGGACGUCGUGUGUAAAUCUACGCUGUUAUUUUAGCUGAUGAAUUUUGAUUAAAGUCGGAUUUUUAAA